AUGAAUCCAUUCUGGGUGGAGUUCCCGCAAAGGGCUCAUUUUCCCCUCCCCAAAGGGGGACAUGUGGUGGGCCAGUUCUGGAAGGGCAGUGAAAAGGGAGUGAGCCCUGCGUGUUAUCCCUGUCACUCCCUCCUGGGUUCACUCAAAGAAGAGAGCCUUGGUCAGGGAAAAGCCCUUCCAGGCGCGGAACCUUUCUGCCGCUUGUCCUUGUUCCCGCCCGGAACGACGUGGUCCCUUCCGGUUUCGGUCGCUAUGGCGCUGGCGCUGCUGGGUUCGUUCCUGGCGGCGCUGCUUGCGCUGGUGUGGCUGGGCUCGCGCUGGCUGCGACGACGCGGCGCGGGUUGGGGACACCAAACCCUGUGUGCGGCGGGACCAGCGCGGGCCGAUGACGUACGUGCACUGGUCGUGACGGCGCACCCUGAUGACGAAGCAAUGUUCUUUGCUCCCACAAUCCUCAGCCUGGGCAGGUUUCAGGCCCAACUCUGGCUGCUGUGCUGCUCUUCAGGAAAUUACUACAAUCAAGGGGAGCUUCGUAAGAAUGAACUUGUACAGAGUUGUGCUAUUUUGGGGAUCCCUCCUUCCAAUGUAACAGUUAUUGACCACAGGGACCUUCCAGACGAUCCAGCUGUUGAAUGGGACACACAUCUCCUCUCUACCUUUGUGCUAAAGCACAUAGAAACCAACCAUAUCAACCUGGUGAUAACCUUUGAUGCAGGAGGAGUGAGCGGCCACGCUAACCACAUCGCCCUUUACACUGCUCUAAGGUCCCUGCAGUCAGAGGGGAAGUUACCUGAAGGGUGCCGGGUCCUUACCCUCAAGUCAGUAAACCUCCUCCGGAAGUACAUCUCCAUCCUGGAUGUGCCCAUUAGCUGCCUCCAGUCCCAGGAUGUUCUCUUUAUACUAACAAAGGAGGAGUCUGAACAAGCCAAGAGAGCCAUGCGGUGCCAUCACAGCCAGCUUCUCUGGUUCCGCCACACCUAUAUCCUGUUCUCACGCUUCAUGGUGAUCAAUUCACUUUGCCUUCUAUAAAGGGAAGGAGAAUCAUACACACUUCCAGGGGUAUUGAGAGACCAGAGAAG